AUGUAUGUCCUCGUGUCGCUCGCGUGGACACUCUCUGCUGCUCUCCUCCACCGUGAGGUAUCAGGAAGCAACUACCAGGACAGACGUGACUAUCGCUAUGACAACAUCGUCCACACAAGCCACGGUUCUGUACAGGGACAGACGGAGAACAUCCCAGUCAAAGAUGGCGGACACGUCAAGGUGGACGUUUUCCAGGGAAUCCCCUUCGCCCGGCCACCAGUAGGAGAUCUGAGGUUUAGACGUCCGCUACCUGCUGACCCCUGGUCUGGGACAUUACAGGCCACCACACCUCCAAACACCUGUGUCCAGGUACUGCGUAACGACACAGCGCCAUUUCCCAGACCGCUGACCCCUGUCAGUGAAGACUGUCUCUACCUGAACAUCUGGAGACCAAGAUGUCCGGGUACCGGUGGCAAGUUAGCCACCAUGGUGUGGCACCAUGGAGAAUUGUUCACCUUCGACUCGUCUGUUACAGAUUUGUACAACGGCUCUUUUUUAGCGGCCUCCCAGUGUGUGAUUGUUGCCUCCAUGAACUACAGACUUGGUGCCUUUGGCUUCCUGUAUCUGGGCAUCCCUGAGUCUCCCGGAAACAUGGGGUUGUUGGACAUCACCCUGGCCCUGACUUGGAUCAAAGACAACAUGAGAAACUUUGGUGGAGAUCCAAACAAGAUCACUGUUUUUGGCCAAGCUUUCGGGGCUGACAUCGUAUCGCUGAUGUUGCUGUCUCCGUUGACCCGGAACCUGUUCAACAACGCCAUCGUUCAGGGCGGAUCUCCAAAACUAAGAUUUGUUCACCGAAGCACACAGGCCUCGUUGACAGCAGCACUUGAACUAGCCAGAAGACUGAACUGUCCAACAGAUAACCAAACUGCUGCUGCCCAGUGUCUGAGACAGGUGGACGCUGCUGACCUUGCCUUGCAGCACCUGAUCAUGACGUCAACAUUUGUCUACCUGACUGUCGCUACCACUGACGGGUACUUUCUGACCAAGGACCCACAGGUGUCACUGGACACAGGAGACCUAAAGCCGUGUGACAUUAUCACAGGAAACAAUAAAGACGCAGGUACCUAUGGACUCGCCCUGGCUCUUCCGGCCACCUACAACUUUAGACGGUCACCUCCGCUUCUUAACGACCAGGAUCUGGACUCCAGCCUGACGGUCAUCCUUGGAACAUUAUUCAAACCUGAAUUUAUCGCUAGGCUAAUUGUGGAGCUGAAAAUGUUUUACAAAUACAGCAUGCUGAGACAGGAGGCGGGAAAUCCCAGCCUAGCCUUGUUAAAUUUAGUCACCAAUGACGCUUUCUUUUAUUGUCCCAACCGUCGCUUGGUCGCGGCCUACGCCAACACGUCGCAGAAUGUGUACCUGUAUGCCUUCAACCAUGCCCGUGACAUUACCACACUGGACCCUUGGGUUGGGGCACACAUCGUAGUGGAGGUGCCCUUUGUGCUGGGCACUACCUCACCAGACUACCCAGAUUUUUCUCCCAGGGAGACCAAACUGAAGCAAUCGGUGAUGAAACUGUGGGCGAAUUUUGCUAAAUCUGG